CAUACGCCAUGCCAUAUCCAUUACCUUCCUUGCCUCAAAAUCCUUUAAUAAUAAGAAAAUUUCUUCCAAGUCAGGCUUACUUAUUUUUAUUAGCUUAUUACUACCUCAACUACCUAAGGUAUAUUAUAAGUAUACAUUAUUCACUACCUGUUAGUUAAAUACUUGUUAACCAUUCUUGGCAAGUGAGAUAAAUAGCUCUACCAACCUGCGCUUAUAUAUGUUAGGUAGGUACCUACCUACCUAACCUUUUGCACGCACCUCUCACCCAUACAUGAAAUAUAAAUCGUAGAGCGUAACCUUCCUAUCAUGUACCACCGAGUCGAGGUUGGCGUAUUCUCGCAGACAUCAAUAUCAAUAUGAGCAAACCCAAGAUCCUCUUCAUCGACGCUUAUGAUUCUUUUAGUAACAAUAUCGUGUCUCUCCUGACAACGACGUUACAAGCUGAUGUUGACAUCUUACCCAUUGAUCCCCCUGAACUUCAACCGCAUGCGCCGAACUUUGUGAGGGAGUUGACCAAUCUGCUGCGGCGGUAUGAUGCUGUCGUCUGCGGUCCGGGGCCCGGGUCGCCCGACUUGCCACACGAUGUGGGGCUGAUGAGAUACAUAUGGGACCUCGAACCAGCGCACCUGGUCCCAGUCCUCGGGAUAUGCUUGGGGUUUCAAAGCCUAGUUGUCAGCUGUGGCGGCAUCGUGAAGAAGCUUAAGACCGGUCUUCAUGGCAUGAUUCGGGAGAUCGACCAUGAUGCUGAAAACCCCAGCUUGGACGAAGGGAAUAUCUUUUACAGCGUUCCAACCUUUAAGGCCACGCUAUACCACAGCCUUUACGCAGAUAUUGGACAGGAAUCGAUAUCUGCCAACGAUUGGACGGAAUCCAAAUGGUGUUCACCGGCGCAUUUGCCGGCCAUCGUUCCCCUGGCUUGGGUAUAUGAAAAUCGAGGUGACUAUGUAGAACGAAUCCUCAUGGGUAUGAAGCACAAAACGAGGCCGUUUUGGGCCUUGCAAUACCACCCCGAGUCAAUAUGUACAGAGCCGACAGGUCAUCAAGUUAUCAAGAACUGGUUUAGCGAGGCCAUAAGAUGGAAUCGUGAAAACGGCCGCAUACCGGAUUCUACUCCUGUUUCACUCGGCUCUAUCAGUAGACUACCGAAAUCUAGCACACACGGCGCUAAGGACGGUUCGGAUUACAAUGGACACGGUACGAAUAACCACGUCCUAUGGGUGGAUGGCAACAGUGAGCUGGCUUCCUUCGGAUUGAAUCACCAUUAUAGUUCAAGAACUAUAAAACUCCCAAUUCAUAUCGAGGCCCCUGACAUAGUUGAGAUAUUACAAGGCAACAGACGGGACUUCAUCAUCCUUGACUCUGCAAGCGCCAAAGCAAGUAGGAUCGGAGCCGAUGUGCGAGGGCGUUACAGUAUCAUCGCCCUAGAUGUUGAUGAGAUGUUGAAAUUGGAUUACAGAACAGGAGACAAGCAUGCUACAGCCCGAUGCUCACAUCCUCAACACCCUUCCUCACGAGAAGUUUCCGAGACGAUUCAUCUCAGCUCCGGACAAACUAUAUGGCAGCUAUUGGCCGAAUUCUGGACUAAGCGCAGAGUGGCAUCUGACGAUAACUCGGCGCCUUUCCUAGGGGGCUUUAUGGGCUAUACCACUUAUGAGCUUGGACUGGAAGGUAUUGAUGUUACGACUCACGAAGAGAGACGCCACAAUAGACCAGACCUUUGCUUUGCUUGGGUAACCAAAAGUAUUGUAAUAGAUCAUACGAAGGGGACUUUGCGCAUUCAACAAUUAUCGCCGAGGGAGUCCGACGGAAAUGACUGGGCAGAUUCUAUCAUUGAAAAGCUCUCGGCCUCAACUAUCUGGUCGGAUGGGCUUCGCGCGGACUUCAACAAGCGCACACAGCUAAACCAGCUUACGCCACCGUCAACACCGGAUUCCAUAUUCGCGAAGGCACAGAUACAAGUGCCGGAUGCUGAUGAAUAUGAGUCAAAGGUCCGGCAAUGCCAGGAUUUUAUCGCUUCGGGAGAUUCAUAUGAAUUAUGCUUGACUGACCAAACACUUAUCACGCGGCCGAAAAUCUCGUCAGCGACAGAGGCUUGUCACCUAAUGCCUCUUGAGCCUGGCAAACCACUCCAGACCUCGUGGCAGCUAUACCGCUCUCUGCGGUCGCGGCAACCCGCACCCUUCGGUUCUUACAUCCGACUCGGCGGCGCCACGCUAAUCAGCAGCUCGCCGGAACGGUUCCUCGAGUUCGGUACCAACGGCCUGUGCUCGAUGCGCCCGAUGAAAGGCACGGUGCGCAAGUCGAGCGCCGUAUCCACCCUCGCGCAGGCCGAGGCUAUCCUCCACGUACCCAAGGAAGAAGCCGAGAACCUCAUGAUCGUCGACCUCGUCAGGCACGACCUGCACGGCGUAUGCGGUGCCGGGCGCGUCGCCGUCCCCAAGCUCAACGUCGUCGAGGAGUACGCCAGCGUGUUCCAGAUGAUCAGUGUCGUCGAGGGCAGACUACCAGUACCGUACACCGCUAAUACCGACGACGGCAACAACAACAACAAUAACAACGGGACGCCGAAGAAGACUGGUCUGGACGUCUUGGCGGCUAGCUUGCCGCCCGGGAGCAUGACGGGCGCCCCCAAGAAGCGCAGCUGCGAGAUCCUGCAGGAGAUCGAGGGCCGCCGCGAGCGCAGCUUGUACUCGGGCGUCGUGGGGUACAUGGACGCCGCGGGCCGCGGGGACUGGAGCGUCACGAUCCGGAGCUUGUUCCGCUGGGACGACGAGACGCGGACGGCGGGGGGUGCGAGCGGCGGCCAGGAGCUCGAGCUCGAGGUCUGGCAUAUCGGCGCCGGCGGCGCGGUGACUGCUCUGAGCACGGCCGAGGGAGAGCGCGACGAGAUGUUUACCAAGCUGAAGGGGCCGUUAGGGGUUUUCGACGACGAGGCGUGAUAGGCAUGGGGAGGGUGCAGUUUAGGGUACCGUACGUACGGCUUGGAUUAUUAGGCGUAUAUACGGAUAUCGAUGGUUAUAGGUACCUACCUAGGUAAGAAAGAGAGACAUGGAGGCAGGGAGAGAGAGAGAGAGACCCCUUCGUGGGCUACCGUAUAUGACUCAACGAUGCAUUCAAGGAACGAGAAAAAAGGAUACAGGACGGGGUAGAGAUAUAUCGCGACUCAUUCAUCAUAGAGUUCGCCUUGGGUAUAGUAUAAAUGGGAUGGGAUAGCAUAGCAUAUAUCACAUAUAGCAGAAACAUAUAUAAAAAAAAAAGUCAACUAGAACCAUUAUACCGGUUUGAAAGGCUUAUGCUUUUGCUUUAAA